ACAAGGACAACACCUCAGGACCUAUGUCCACACAUCGGUUGGGAAGCAGGUGAGUAGGAAGGGUGCAGACUGCACGAUUCCAAUGACUGAACCGGAAUUCUGCGGCUUUUGGAACACAGUCCUAGAAAUGUUUACUGGUGCGCAGUAGACAGUGAGAAAUCUGGGUCCUAUCUCACCUCUGCUUUGUUGCCCUUGCUGCGCUCUACUUCACAAUGGGCUCCCUUGCUGCAGCAAAUGCAGAAUUUUGCUUCAAUCUCUUCAGAGAGAUGGAUAGCAAUCACAAUAGUGGAAAUGUGUUCUUCUCCUCUCUGAGCCUCUUCACGGCCCUGGCGCUGGUCCGUCUGGGUGCCCGAGGGGACUGUGCUGCUCAGAUUGACCAGAUGCUUCAUUUCCACAGCCCUUCAGGACGCAGGAACUCUUCCACGAGUCAGCCAGGACUCCAAUCUCAAUUGAAAAGAGUUCUUGCUGAUAUAAAUGCAUCCCACAAGGAUUAUGAACUAAGCAUCGUCAAUGGUGUUUUUGCAGAAAAAGUGUUUGACUUUCAUAGGAAUUACAUGGAGUGUGCCAAAAAGCUGUACAAUGCCAAAGUGGAACGAGUAGACUUUACAAACGAUAUAGAAGAUACAAGAUAUAAAAUUAAUAAAUGGAUUAAAAAUGAGACAAAUGGCAAAAUCAAGAGUGUGUUUUCUGAUGGUAGCAUAAGCUCAUCUGCUGUCAUGGUGCUGGUGAAUGCCGUGUACUUCAAAGGCAAGUGGGAAUCCGCCUUCACGAAGAGUGAAACACUCCAUUGCCGUUUCAGAUCUCCCAAGUGUUCGGGGAAAUCAGUGGCCAUGAUGCAUCAGGAGCGGCGGUUCAACCUGUCUUCCAUUCAGUACCCACCCAUGCAGGUUCUUGAGCUCAGAUACCAUGGGGGAAUAAGCAUGUACAUUUUGCUGCCUGAGAGUGACCUGUCACAAAUUGAAAACAACCUAUCCUUUCGGAAUCUAAUGGAGUGGACCAAUCCUAGAAGAAUGAAAUCUCAGUAUGUCGAGGUGUUUCUGCCACAGUUCAAAAUAGAGGAGAAUUAUGAAAUCAAAGACCACCUGAGAGCCCUGGGGCUGAAUGACAUCUUUGAUGAAUCAAGAGCUGACCUCUCUGGGAUAGCCUCAGGAGGCCGCCUCUACAUAUCGAAGCUGAUGCAUAAAUCGUUCAUAGAAGUUUCUGAGGAGGGCACCGAGGCGACGGCUGCCACAGGAAACAACAUCGUUGAGAAGCAGCUCCCUGACUCCACAGUGUUUAGAGCUGAUCACCCAUUCCUGUUUGUUAUCCGGAAGGAUGACAUCAUCUUAUUUAGUGGCAAAGUCUCUUGCCCUUGAACAUCCAAUUUGUUUCUGUUAGUAGUUGCUGCCACAUCACAGAGACAUUGCAAGGGAGUAGAUUUUACUGGAAGCAUGUGGUGUUGCUUUGGAGUUUAAUUCUUCCUGACACUGGCCAGCAAGUGACAUUGGUGUUUCGACCCUUCCCAAACACUUGGUUGAUUCUCUGAAUCCCUCCUGUUAGCGUCUUCACCACCGUGUGUUUCACUCAUUUCUAAUUUCAUUGUCUCUCCCUACACAUCCGUCUGCAUCAUUCUCCCCCAUGACCCACCUGCAGUUAUGGAGAGGGCUCCCCUGGUCAUGUGAAUGUAGACACAGUUGUAGGAAUCUUUUUGGAUAGCAGCAUUUAGCACAGAUACUUAGUUUUCUUGUAAACAGUGUAAGAAGCAAGACCGUCUGUUUCCUAGGACUAGGAAUAGGCUCAGUCGACU